AUGCGCUUUACUCUGACAAGACAAAGAUAUUCAAACCAACUCAACAUCAACCUACCGAAACUUCUGCGCGAGGUAGGCGGCGUACCUCUACAUGUCCGUGUCGGUGGCGGAUCACAGAAUCGAGUAACAUGGACCGAGAAUCAAGAGGAGGGACUCAUACCAUUCUACCAGCCAGGCACGGACAAGGCUUACAACACCACGGUCGGCCCCAAGUUCGCUAAAUCCUUUGACGUCUGGCCUAUGGAUACCAAAUGGGCUCUCGGCCUUCCUUUCGAAAUGACAGAACAGAAUUUUAGCUUCUUGGAGACCGGCCGGCGCCUCGCAAAAGUCUCAUUCGAGCACUUGGGCGGAAGACUGUCGCUACUCGAGAUUGGCAAUGAGUGGGGAGGCGGUGCCCAGCUGCAUCCUGAAAGAACAUACUCUCCCGCGGAAUACAUUGAACAUUGGUCCGCGUAUGCUCAUGCAAUCGCAAAGUAUGCGUUUGGUAACCCCGAUGCUCAGAUCUGGCAGGUUGGCAGCUUUCACUCGCCCUCGUACGACUGCCAGGGGGCCUUAUCGUGCUGGACAACAGACACACUGCUACAACUUGGCAUCAAUCAUAGACAAGUGGCCAAAGUGGCGAACACUCACCAGUAUAUGGAAGACGCCUGGAGCCGUCCGUAUGUCACUGACCAGUUCCUGAUGAAUCAUAAUAAUACACAGGGAACUGUAGACUGGCACCGUGAUCUCGCUGCCAAUGCUUCGACGUAUGGGCUUACUUAUGAGCUUGGGGAAACUAAUUCACUCUCAGGUCAUGGCAAAAUAGGCGUAUCAGACACGUAUGCUGCCACACUUUGGAUGAUCGACUACGUUCUGUACUCAGCACAGACAGACAUUUCGCGGCUUUACAUGCACCAAGGCACAGGCUGGAAAUAUUCAGCCUGGAAUCCCGUCACGGCCUUUGGCUACAGUUCCGGCAUCCUUGGCACUUACUACUCUUACUUGUUCACCUACACCCUCUUGUCAGGCGGCAACAAGCAGGUCGAGCUUCUAGUUGGCGACAAGACAUUCGUCGCAUACGCGAUCUACGAUGCAGAGCCAGACAGGUCUUACCCGUCAGCAAUUGUGGCAAUAAAUCUAGAGGCCUGGAAAGCAAACGCUGCCCCUGGGCAGAAGCCAUACGUAGAAUUGGAGUUGCCCACGUCUCUCCGGCAUAGAAAUGCGACUGUUCGUCGUCUUACAGCGCCUGGAACAAACGUCAACUGGGGAAUAACUUUUGCGGGCCAGAGUAUGGACGGGCAGGGCAAGAUAAACGGAACGAUGGUCAGAGAGGUGAUAGGUAGUAACGGAUGGCUGGGCCACAACUCGGAUUCAGCUAAGGGCAAGAUGGUCUGGGGUGAAUUUGCGCCCAAGAAGUGGGAAGAGGACGAUGUCGAUAUCGAAGUCACCCACUGCGGUAUGUGCGGCACGGAUCUUCACGUCCUCCAUAACGGCUGGGAAAACACGCCGUACCCAUGCUGUGUUGGCCACGAGAUUGUUGGCAAAGCGGUCCGGGUCGGCAAGAAUGUGACGCACAUCCAGGUCGGUGAUCGCGUGGGUGUGGGAGCUCAGGCACUCAGCUGUUCCAGAGAUGACUGCCCCGAGUGCGCCGCCGGCCUGCCCAACUAUUGCGCCAAAAGACUGCUGACGUACGCCUCGAUUUAUCCUGACGACAAGGGCAAGUCGUUUGGUGGCUACGCCGACCACAACCGUUCCAACUCGAAGUUUGUCGUCAAGAUUCCCGAAGGCUUGCCAUCUGAAGCUGCAGCCCCGAUGCUUUGCGCUGGAGUUACCAUGUUUGCCCCUCUCCGGCGACUCGGAUGCGGCCCGGGCAAGUCAGUCGGCAUUGUUGGCGUUGGCGGGCUUGGUCACUUUGGCAUUCUUUUUGCGAAGGCUCUUGGUGCAGAUCGAGUGGUUGGAAUGUCCCGAAAGGGGAAUAAGCGCGAUGACGCCUUGAGUCUUGGUGCAGACCACUACAUCGCCACAGAUGAAGACACUGACUGGACAAAGUCAAAUGCUCGGUCUCUGGAUAUCAUCAUCUGCACCAUUUCAAGCGCAAAGAUGCCGUUGACGGACUAUCUCUCAAUGCUGAAGGUUGGUGGCCAUUUCGUCCAAGUUGGAGCUCCGGACGACGGCAAUUUGCCGGCCAUCAACGCGUGGACUCUCUUCAAUGGGGUCAGCGUUACCGGUAGCUUCAUUGGGUCUCCCGGCGAUAUCGGGGACAUGUUCGAGUUCGCCGCGGAGAAGCAAAUCAAGCCCUGGAUUCAGACGUGGUCCAUGGCCGAUGCCAAUCAGGCAAUUGUCGACCUCGAAGAAGGCAAACCUCGGUACCGUUAUGUUUUGGUGAACGAGAAGCAUCUGUGA